CAAUAAGCAUGAAGACCCCCACAUUGGUCUUGGCCACCAUACUGGCCAUGGCUGUGGUGGGUGAUUCUGCCAACAUGGAGAAGAUUCUCCAACAGCUUGGGUUUCCAACAGGCAAGGGACCCACUGACGACGUCAACGUCAAUCACAAGGACAAGGCACAAGAGAAAGGCAAAGGGACGCAGUUCAACUCUAAACCAGCUAAACCUCCGGCUCUGGAUACUGCGAAUGCAGUAGAUGAGAAAGCAUCAAAGGCAUAUGGAGAAAAAGGCAAAGGAUUCAUUCCUGACAUCACCAAGAUACUUGCAGAUAAGGUACCAAAGGUAAAAGGCGGAACAAAAUUUACCUCUGGACCUACCCAAGCUGGGAUUCCUGUUAAUGCAAUUACCCGUGCCACAAAUAAAGUUGAAGAAAAAGCGCUGCCCACACAGCCCAGCAUGAAACCAUAUAACCGUAACUAG